GAGAGCUACCGCGUAACCGCAUACCGUGCACCGUACAGGUCGCGAGAGCUAGCGCUAGCGAGAGUGAGGGUUGCGAAGAAGAGUUACAAAUAAAUACAACUUACAUGUAUGUUUUGCGCUUGCAUUAAUAAAAUUAGCAUGCAUGGAUACCCAUUUUGCAGAGACAGAAUAUUGUGAACGAGAGUCUAAGUCUUACCAAAGUAUUAAGUUUUCAUUCAAGUUGUAGCCUAGACACUUAUCGUUAAAUCUUUUAGCCCAAACUAUUUUAAUGCAUUCUAUUAAUUUUCUUCCUCGCUCGUUCCUGACCUUGUUUUUCCUCAUCCUGACUGUCUGAGUGUUUCCUUUAAGUUUUAAUUUUAGAGUCUAAGAAUCGUCUUGAUCCAGCGAGAUACAAGCCAAUAGAUAGCACCCUCAUAGACUCCCCUCCAGAUCAAACAGAGCAGUUAAGCAAUGGCAUCCCCAAGAUCAGACUGAAGCAAAACAUGAAGGAGCGCCCAGUUUCAGCCAUCUUGACCAGUUCCUCGCCUAGUUAUGAGUUGUAUCGACACAGUGCGCCCUCUACUGGCCUGGUAGCACUUCUCUCGGAGAAAGUGGAGAGACAGAAUAAGGUGAUGGAGCAGCUAUCCCGUCAGGUUCAAGACCUUGAGAGUGACCGAAGGAAGAAUGAUGUCAAGGUCCGUGACCUCGAGCACCAGGUCAACACGCUGACCGCAAGACUUACUGAAAACAGGGGGCAGUAUAAUCAGACUGAACAGCAGAUUGCUGACUGGCAGAGGGAUAUGAGAAAUCGUUUAGAUGAAUUACACGAUCGCAUCACAAGACAGAUCACAAACGGAGGAAACAGCGACGCGUAUUUCAGUGAGAGCGCCCUCACGACACUCGCCAGAGAUCUCCACGAAGCUAAGCGGAUGUUACAGGCAGAAUGUAAAGCCCUCCAUCAUAAAAUAGAAACAUUGAGAACUAGACUGGUCAAGCAGGAGAUGGACGUCACUGGUCAGCUGAUGGAAGGCAAAGAAAUGGGCCGGAGAAUGGACAGACUUGAUAGGAAGAUUGGUAAGGUACAAUCAGAUCAUCAGCAGGUCUUAUCAAAUCAACUUGGACUGUCAUCUCGUCAACAAGCUUCAAGGAUGUACAAUGAACAAAAAGACAUCAAUGACCUCAAAAUGGAAAUGAGUAAACUGCUGGCUUCUUAUGGCAGGCUUGAAAGCGCCUCUCAAGUUUCCCGUUCCAGCAAUGGAUCAGUGCCCUCUACAGUCUCUGCUACUACAGUUUCAUCAAGCAUCAGCAGCAGACGACACAGAUCCUACCCAUCCUCCGUGUCCUCAUCCAAGGGACCAACGGUGGUAUCAUCUUCAUGGCAACGGAUGGGGCACCAUCACCAUCCAGACCGGAAGAAGAAGACGAGAAGGACCAAAAUGGACCAGAGCACUGGCAGUACAUCGAGCAUCGAGGACCUGAGCAGCUCGGAGAUCUCUCUGCCGCUCAGUAUCAGUCACGAAGAAGACGAGGAGGAGGGUGCGGAGAAGAGGAGACAAGAUGGAGGGAAGCAGCUGGCAGGCGACGAUGAUGAAGAUGAUGAGGAUGACGAGGACAUUGUCGACUUCCAAGAUGACCUCAGCCUCUACUUGUCUGAUCUUGAUGUGAGUCACAAGGGUGAAGAGUUUGGAAGUGCCAUCUCGUUGGACUCUGGAAACCUUGACCUUGAUUUUAUGUGACUCAGAAAUGACCUUUGAACCCUGCAAGAACUAAAGACUUCAAACUUGAAUAAAGCAAUAUAGUUUCAGAUAGUGUCCAUCUGAACUGUGACCUGUGAAGUAAAAAGUUUGCAACAAAGACUUCAGCCUUGCAAUUGAGUUCCAGAUGCGCAUUUAAAGUGUAAACUAUGAAGUGCAAGGUUUGCAAGAAAGAUUUCAACCUUGAUUCAGUACAACAAACCUUUAGAUGUGGAUGUGAAUUGUGAACUGUGAAGUGCAAAGUUUGCGACAAAGACUUCAGCCUUGCAAUUGAGUUUCAGAUGCGGAUUUGAAGUGUGACCUAUCGAGUGCCAAGUGUGCAACGUAGACGCCGACUUUGGACAAUGGCUAGAAAUUUUCAGAUUUGGAUGUGAAGUGUAACCUAUGAAGUGCAAAGUUUGCAACAUCAACUUUGACCUUGAUUUAAUUAAAGCAACAAGAAUUCAGAUGUGGAUUUGAAUUUUGAAAUAAAAACCUUGAUUCUGCAGUGCAACUUUUUUAAGAAAGAUAUUUUACAUUUAUUUCAUAAGAUACAUACUUCAAACUGGAUUUUUAGCAUUAGAAUUUCAGAUGUGGAUUUGAAAUAGUGUGACUCUGAACUUUGCAGUGCAAAGUUUGUAAGGUAGAGUUUUCACAUGAAUUUCAUAUGAUUUUUUUUUGUGACACAGAUUAAAAUGUGGAUUUGAACUUUAAAAUCUUGCAUGUAUACAAGAGAGAAAAUUUCACCUUGAUUUUGUGUGAUGCAGAUUGAUUUGUGGACUUGAACUUUGAACUACUUACUCAGUACAAAGUAUGCAAGAAAUAUUUUACCUUGAUUGUACACUAUAUGUCAUAGAUUUCAGAUGUGGAUUUGAACUUAAAACCUUGAACUAGUAUGUAGUGCAAAGAAUUCAGGAGAAAAUGUAACCUUGAAUUUGCGUGACACUGAUUAAGAUGUGGAUUUGAACUUUGAGCAUUUAAGUUUGAACCAUAACUCUGUGGUGCAAAGAAUGCAAGAAAUAUCUUGAUUUAAACUAUGGAGUGCAAAGGAUGUAAGAAAAUUUAUUAUUGAUUUCGUGUGACACAGAUUAUGAUGUGGAUUUGAACAUUGAACCUAUAUUUUUAAGUCUUUAGCCCUGCAGUACAAAGUAUGCAAUAAAUAUUUUACCUUGAUUCUGUGUGAGUAUAUGAAGUGCAAAUGAUCAUACAAGAGAAAAUUUAAAUGGAUUUUGUGUGACACAGAUUAAAGUUGCGGAUGUGAACCGUGAACCUUUACAUUUGAAACUUAACGCUGCAGUAUGAAGUAUCUUACUUUUAUAGCGAGAGGGAGUGACCAACAGUGUGUGUGGUCUCAUUAAUAUAAUAAUAAUAAUAUUUACCCAGGGUAUCCACUUCAGUUCCAAAAAGUGUUCUCCCAGCGGGCCCUGCUAUUAUUAUUACCCGGCUAAGCUAGGCUAUCAAUUCAGGUGCACACAGCUUUUUGAGGAAUUAUUUCCUGUCAGUACCCAUUUACCUCACCUGGGUUGAGUGCAGCAUAAUGUGGGUAAAUUCUUGCUGAAGGAAAACGCGCCAUUGCUUGGAAUUGAACCCACAUCCUUCAGAUUGAAAGACGAGACAGAAAAGACUGUGUUACAAAUAAAAAUAAAAAACUUCAAAAAAAUCCCCUUUGAGAUAACUUUUAAUAAUUAGCCUAGUUGAGAUACACAGCUUGUUCAAUCACAUAUGCGGAAUAUUAGUUUCUUCUUUAUAAAAAAGGGGGAUGUUAUAAAGAUUUCAAGUAAAAUUUUCAAAAGUUUUCAGCUCGUGCUUCUGGACCAACACAACGUACAGAUCUUCCUAGAAUUUUUGUGAUCUUAUCAUGUAGUCCUUUUCAUUGACUGAAGAAUAUUUUUAAUUGAUCAGCCAAUUCGUUAGCAUGUAAUACUCAGUUCACUAUUUGGGGAAAAAAUUGCGAUACAAGAAAGUGACAAAAAAUUGUGGAAACUUUCUGGGUCAACUUGUUAUUACUUCAUGUGUCAAUAUACAUGUUUUCUUCAAAGUAGCAUGAAAACAAAUCUUAUUCCAAUAAAAUUUUGUAGUAAUGAAAAGCUACUUAAUUCAAUGUUAUUAUUUUGUGUUAUACCUAUAUGUGGUAAUUUUGCUCCUUCCUCUUAGAUAUGAAUAAUGGGCUGGUUCAAUAUUAGAAAAAGAAAACCGAUGAAAAUACUCAAGUGAAAUAGAUACUUUUGCUGAAAUGUCAUGUAUGUAAUCACAGAUUUGAAGUUUUUGAUCACACACAAGGACUGUGCUGUGUGAUGACAGAUUUGCUAAUCCAAAUAUGGUUCACAAAAUUAUUCUACCUGUAUCUAGUUAGUGUAAUAAUCUUUUAUGCAAUAGGUGAAUGACUAAUUGGCCGGUAUUCUGAAGUCGGGUUUAACUUAACUCAGUUUUAAAGUUGUGGUUUAAGUAUGGAUAGCCAAUUGUUACAAAAACCACUAACAAUAGAGAUAUCAUAUUUCAGCUUAUUUGGCUCUCAAAUCAUUCAUAAUUGUCUAGGAAGUAUAAAUAGAUGAUUGUCUUCACCAUCGAUGAAUCAGGAAAGAGCAGAGUAAACAUAAGAAACAUACAACUUGAUAAAAAUUUUGACACUGGGCUUCCUAUAAUUUUAGCACAGAGUUAGACCAUGGUCUAAGUUAAACCCGCCUUCAGAAUACGGGCCAUCAUGUCUAGAAUAGUGUUUCUUCGAAUGUAAUUUGUGUAUGCAAACUAUUGUGUGCUGAAUAAAUAACAGAUGAAUAAUACAUAAAUGUAUGUUGUUUGUACAUGAAUGGAAACUUUGGUAUCCAUUAAAUAUCUGUGUCAAAAAAAGGAAU